AUGCGUCAAAGCUAUGGCAUGGUGCUUUUGAGCACCUUCGUGUCGGCUGCUGCCCCGGUCGCUGCAACUAGCUUGCCUAGAGGAGUUGGCCCCGAGUUUGCCAAGUUCUUCGAGUCCAAGGAGUCCUUCUCUUGUAUCACCCAACCCGAGACUAAGCUGAACAUCAAUCAAGUCAAUGACAAUACAUGCGACUGCCCAGACGGUUCCGAUGAGCCUGGCACUUCUGCUUGUGCCCACCUCGACCCCCUCUCUCCCCCCCAGCCAUUCGUUGGCUCCCCGACAGGCACAACCAACACUACCACUGCCUUGCCCGGCUUCUGGUGCGCCAAUGUUGGACAUAUCGGCGCAUAUGUCCCUUUUAUGUACGUCAACGAUGGCCACUGCGACUACGAAAUCUGCUGCGACGGAUCUGAGGAGUACAGCAAGGUCGGCGGCGUCAAGUGCGAGAACAAGUGCAACGAAAUCGGCAAGGAAUACCGCCGCGUCGAGGCUGAGCGCAAGGGUGCUAUUGACAGGGCCGUCAAAAAACGCAAGACCUUGACCAAGGAGUCUAGAGAGCUUCGACGCCGUGUCCAAGCCAAGGUCACAAGCCUGAAGGAGGAGGUCAAGGGCCUGGAGGCCAAGAAGGAUGAGCUUGAACAGAAGCUCCAUGAGACCGAGCGUUCUGAACGGGGCAAGGUUGUUAGAGGCGAGGGGUCUGGAGGAAAGCUCGGCAACCUGCUCAACCUAGCCAAGAACCGGGUUGCAGAGUUACGUGAGACUCUUGAAGAUGUCGUCGCCCAGCGUGAUCAACUCCGCAACAAAGUCACCGAGCUUGAAGGUAUUCUCAGCCGAUUUAAGGAGGAGUACAACCCCAACUUCAACGACGAAGGUGUCAAGCGAGCCGUUAAGGGAUGGGAGGACUAUGCUGCCAACUCUGCAACCGAGACCAAAUCAGAAGACCUUGAGGCGGAUAUCAAGGACGUUCUUGUCGAGGACAAUGAGAGCACUGGCAUUAACUGGAAGGAGUUCGAGGAAGACGAGGCCACUGACACUGACAUCCUCUACAACUUCGAGGCCUACCUGCCUGAGCCCGUUCGCGAUUUUAUCCACGGCAAGCUCAACGCCGUUCGCGUCUGGCUCAUUGAGAACGGCCUUAUGGCCGAUAAUGUUAAGCCCGGUGUCGAGUCUCGUCUGAUUACAGCUGCCCGCGACGCAUUCAACGCUGCGAACAACGACCUGAACGAGAAGCGCCGCCAACUCGAGAACGAGGAGAAGGACCUUGAAAAGGACUAUGGCGUUGACGACAUCUUCCGUGUCCUCAGUCACAAAUGUGUGAGCACCGAGGCCGGCGAGUACGAGUAUGAGCUUUGCUGGAUGGACAAGACCAACCAGAAAUCCAAGAAGGGACAUGGCAGCACCAACAUGGGCAACUUUGUUCGCAUCGACAAGGAGAUGGCAGAUGAGGAAGAGCGCACCGACGGCAAGAGUCUUGGCAAGGGUCUUCGCAUGGUCCUGCGCUACGAGAAUGGCCAAGGCUGCUGGAACGGUCCUCAGCGACGUACAGACGUUUGGUUGGCUUGCAGCGAGAAAGAGGAGCUGUGGAAGGUUUCUGAGUCAGAGAAGUGUGUAUACAAGAUGGAGGUCGGCACGCCUGCCGCCUGUGAUGAACUGCUUGAGCCUCCUGAGCCCAAGUCCAAGGACGAGUUGUAA